AUGGAGGCACUGAGUCCCACGGCGCGGGCUCGCCGGGAGAGCCUCUUCGCCAGCCACGCGGCGGGCGGCUGGUGGCUCAUGCCUCCCGCGCCGGACGGACACUGCUUCGUGGAAGGCCACGACCCGUUCAGCUUUGCGGCGCCGGCGGUCGGCCUCAUGCUCGCCUUCGCGGUGGCGCGGCGCAUGCUCGGCCGCGCGGGCGUGGCGGUAGGCAGGGCCGUGCGCGGCCAAGGCGCCGACCAGGUCGACUGGAGCCGCUUCGGUGAUGUGUCGUACUUCACCGUCUGCCACCUCGCGCUCAGCGCGCUCUUCGUCGGCGCGAUCGGCGGCGAGGCGCUGGGCUGGAUGGCCGACACGGGCGUGCUGUGGGAGUACGAGCAGCCUCGCCUCUCCGCCGGGCUGUACGGGUACUACGUGAUCGAGCUCGCCUUCACGGGCGAGUCGUGCGUCCACAUGCUCCUCUCCCUUGCGGCUGACAGCUCGAGCCGUGACGUUCCCAUGCUGAUUCAUCACGCCGCCACCCUGCUGGUCAUGCUCGCCGCGCUGCGCGCGGGGUUUGUGCGCGUCGGCGCCGCCGUCCUCUUCAUCCACGACGCGACCGACCUGCCCAUCGACGCGACUCGCCUGUGCCAGUCCCUCGGCUGGACGCGCAGCCUUACGCUGCACAACACCGUCCUCCCGCCCCGAGGCUGGCGUAUUCACAAUGCAGGCCUGUACGCUUCCGUCCUCGCCACGCUGGCCUCGUGGGCGGCGCUGCGGCUGUACGCCUUCCCGCGCUACGUCGUCGCGUCCGCGCUGCUCGACACAACGCACUACCUCGAGGUGUUCGACUUCGUCGGCCUCAAAGUGAUCGGCGUCGCGUACACGCUCUACGUGCUGCCGCUCCUCUUCCUCGUGGCGCUGCACUACUACUGGUUCGGGCUGAUUGUGCUCAAGGCGGGGCGCCAGCUCGGGCUGCUGCCUUCUGGGGAGAAGAAGCGAAAGGCGGCGUGA